AUAGAGAUCCACAAGAUUUGAGUAAUUGGAACAGUUAAAAUUCCAGAAAAGUGAUCAUAAUGGUAAAUUUUAAGCUUCCAAUUCAAUCAAUGGAAGCCACUAAACAGUGGAAUUACCACAACCCCACUAAUUCAUUUGUAUUUAUAUUACAUUCAUUUAUGGAAGAAAAAGAUACGACCAAAAGAAAUCUCAUAAAUCAUGGUAAAAAGAUGUUUGUACAAUAAAGAAAGGCAAAGAUCUUUUACUCAUGCAAGUAAUGUAAAGAAGGGACCCUUGGGAUGGGUCCAGAACCAAAAGUGUGAAUGGCCAAAAAUUCCAAAAAGGUUUAGUGGGCUAGACUAAUUUUAACAUGAUUGAAGAAGCAAAAGCAAAGGGUCGAUAUGUAAAAGAAAUAUGAGUAUGCACGCAAAGUUUUCUUCAACAAGACACUCUACACAAUGGCCCCUUGCCACUCUCAAUCAAACCUUGCCUUUCCUAAGGCCAAAAAUGUAUGAUGAAAAUUGUUCUGAACUUUUGAAUUUCUUUCAUCCUCCUUUUUUAGGAGCAAAUAAUGAAGCAAGAGUAGGACCAACACAAGGACAGAGUCAAUAAUAUGGUUAUACAAUAUGUACAUACACAAACUCCCAAAUGAAAGAAAUUAAAAAAACCACCUUCUGCUACAUGAGACCACAGCUAAUCUUUACCUUAACUCAAAAGAAAACGGUUUGUUGAAUAUGGGACAUAUAUGAACCUCAGUUUUAGGGGCUAUGAAAAAGUCUACUUCCAAGAUUCUCCAUUUCUCUCACUUCCUUCUCACAGCUCUGAUUGUUUUAGCACUACCAUACUUUUGUCAUUUUCUAAAUAAUCAUUUCACUUAAUGAAAGCAAGAAGAUUUGUUAGAGAAACCCUCCUUUUACAGUUGCAUACUUUCUCACUUAACUAUAUAAUAUUUUCAAAGGAAAAAGCUAUGGCUUGGCUGGCUGGCUGUUCCUCUCUUAGAAAAAGUAUUAAUUGACUUUCUAUGCCCCAAUAAUUCGAAACGUAAUCGAUCCCAUUUGAAUCUUGCAGAAGAAUACCUAUCAUUGUCAACAGAAAAUUUGAAGUAUAUGCAUGAAUGAUCCUUAAUUCAAGAGAUUUAUUGGUAUUGGUAUUAUUAAUGACCCUCAAGACAGAGUAUGUCCCACUAAGUGCUGCAGGUAAUAUUUAAAAGUGCUUGCUUUAAUCUCUCAAAAUAAUAAAAGAAGUUUUCACUUAUUGCAAACAAAAUAACACUUGUAAACUAAUGGAGAACACUCACAAGUACAAAGUUUGUCCACACCUGUGUCUUAAAUGUGAAAGUGGUAAUUUAUCAGUGUAGGAUAUACUUGUGGUGAAUCCAUAAGUUAGUGGAUUAAACAAAUUUUAUAGCUACAUCAAAAUAAUUUGAACUUCCAACCAAAAUCAGCUAUAAAAACCCAUCAUCUCUGCUUCUUUCUCCAUUUCCUUGCUGUGGAAAACUUCUUCCUCACUCUCUCUCUACCUAUCUCUCUCUACAAAUGUCUCCCAUAAAUGAAAAUUCUCCCAAGCACUGUGCCAGCAGGGAAGAAUUCAACUUCCCCAAGUUCAACAAGAAGCUCCUAUGUUCUUUAUCCACAGUUUUCCUCUCACUACUAUCUUUCAUAUUUCUUGUUUGGCUCAUCCUUCAUCCUACAAAGCCUGAGUUUUCCCUUAAAGAAGCUGACAUUAAUCAGCUAAACCUCUUGGGUCCAUCGAUGCUGAAUUCCUCCAUUCAGCUGACUCUCCUAUCCACUAAUCCAAACAGAAGAGUUGGAAUAUACUAUGAUGAGUUCUUACUAUAUGCAUCUUACAAAGGCCAAACCAUAACUCCUGAAACAUCCAUCUCUCCAUUCUAUCAAGAGCACGAAGAAACAAACCUGCUUAGUGCAUCAUUGGUUGGAGAUCAGCAGCCUGUGCCACCAUCUUUUGCUUACGAUGUUCGGCUAGAUCAGGGCACGGGUACAUUGGCCAUAAGUUUUAAGGUGAUGGGAAGGCUCAGGUGGAAAGUGGGAACUUGGGUUUCAGGGAAGUAUAGGUUCACUGUAAAUUGUAUAGCUAUUAUGCCAUUUGGAACUAUACCUGCUCCUCCCUUAAGUUCCAACCAAGGGUCACAGUGUUCCACCACAAUUUGAAGCUAAUUUAGAAUAUAUAUAUAUAUAUAUAUAUAUACAUCUUGAAGGUGAUAGUACAUAUAGAUAAGAAACUUCUCCACAUCUUACAUCAAGACUUGGUUUUUUCUGUUAUGGAGUGAUGCCUAUUACAGUAUUUUUUUAUUUUUUUUCUAGCAUUGGGGUGUGGAUGACAUACAAAACAUUUUGGAGGAUGGAUAUACACAGGUGAAAAAGGAAUAGAUAAAAGGAAGGAAAUGUAUCUACUGAUAUCAAAUGGUUCUUGACUGAGAAGAUUAAUAUAAUUUCUUUAAUACCCUUCCAUGUAUUAUUAUUUACUCAUGUGCAAAAGAUUUAUAUGUAUUAAACCAAAAAAAUAUCUAUUUCGGGUGUGUUUGUUGGAAGGUUUAGAUUUUGAGUUGGAAUUUGACCAGUGUAUGAUGUGAUAUAAAUAGAUGUCGAAAUAAUAUUUUGAAUAUAAAAUUAUUUUUUUAAUAUAAUAUAAAAAAAAAUAGGUGUUUUGAUUUAAUAUUAACUCAAAAAAAUAAAAAAAAUUGGGAGAAAAUCCUCGGAAGAAACACACCCUUCGUGUAAAAAGCACAUUGGGGUCCUUCUCGUUCAUUUUCACGCAUAAGCAAUAAUAUAAGAAAUAAAAUGGGCCCACGGAAGAGAUAGCUACUCCUUGGCACUAAUUUGAAGAUAAAGAUGGGGAAAAAGCUAAUUAACUUUUUAGAGUGUAAUAAAGAUCCAAAUACAUUCUACCUAAAUUUCCCUCCCAAACUAGAUACAAUAUGUCGCCCGUAUAUGCCAAUUGCUCCAUAAUUGCAUUCCACCUAUAACGGGAUCUUGUCACAAAACGAGGGUCUAAGUAAAUACCAAAUGGGCCAAUAAGCCCAAUAAUUUUAUAAAGCGAUGCAUGCAAGCCACAAGGCCCAAACAGAUUAUCCAAAAAGGACAUCAGUAGGCCCAAGUUUGUAAAAAUGGGCUGUCCAAAAAUAAAGCUGGCCCACAAUUUGAUACCUAAAUGGGCCUAUGUUACUGGACCCGAAUUAAGAAUAAUACCAGGCCGUCAUUGUCAGCAAAAUGGCCCGAAGCACACAAUAAUAAAUCCAAACAAUUGGCUAAAACCGUGGAGCUAAUAGAGCACUUAAAUUAGAAAAUCAAUCUAGAAAAAAUUACAUAGUCCA